UCUGCGUACCGUUACCACAGGAAGAUACUCCCGGCUCGGCGUGGAAGGUUAUAUUUGGAACAAAAAAGUUGGAACAGUCCUGGAUCGGCGUGGUUGUUGCGACACGCGUUCGUACAAGGAUCAAUAUGAUCGGCAGUUGAAUCGACAUGUCCAACGAGGCGAGACCUGAGGACAAAGUUCGUCAGAAAAGUGGGGGAACAAGCCAGCACCCUGCUGCUAAAGUGGUUAAGGAGGGAGCCAAUUUUAAUAUACUAGAACAUUAUUUGUAUGGCAAGAAUGUUGUUCGUGCAAUUGACAUGCAAAAUAUACGGAAACAAAGAACCACGGACGAGUCUAGAAUUGAAAAGAAUAAUAACAGCACGUCGUCAGGUUCAAAAGCUGGCGUCGUAUGUUCGAGUCUAAACGACGGAGAAUAUUCUACCCACGCUCCUUUGCAGUCGUUACACCAGUUAGUACACGCAAAAGAUCAUGUGAUAGGCGGCAACAUCAAAGCAACUUAUGCAGUGAUGUCAUUUCCUGAUGAAGUGCAGUUGUGUACAUCAAGUAUACCUGGUUAUGUCUACGGAGUUUGCGCACGGCGACAUCUUCCUUCAGGGACAUGGAUCGGUCCUUACGAAGGACGGCGAACUGUUGAUCAGCAACAAGAUGGCUGUGAAAACCAUGAUUAUUUGUGGGAGAUUUACAAUCAGGGUAGUUUCUCGCAUUUCAUUGACGCCAGUGACGAGAACUGCUCCAGUUGGAUGAGGUUUAUACGCUGUGCAAGAUGCAAACAGGAGCAAAAUAUGUUGGCAUACCAGUGCGGACAAAAUAUUUACUAUCGUUCUUUUCGUGACGUUGCCGUUGGGGAGGAACUGUUGGUGUGGUAUAGCGACAGUUAUCAGAAACAUUUAGAGAUUCCACUGACUCUAAAUGAAACAGACCAGGCAAGAACUGAAGAACUUGCUGGAAAAGUUGAUGAGAGAGGACAGACAGGUAAUCUUGCAGUUCCAACCCCACAAGCUGCUGAGAUUCUCAGCUCUGUGCCUGAACUGCCAGGUCCUUUUCCGUCGGGAACUCCUGUAGACCAUAGCUACCCUCACGAGUCCCAUACUAUAACCGCACCACCAUUAAAAUCAGCGUUUCAUCACACCGAAAAUUCCCCGUUUUCGUCCAUCUCCCUCGAGCCAGCAACAACGACGACCACCGUUCAACAAGCUUUAGCUCAUCAAAUAAAGAAACGAAUCGAAAGCGAAAAGCAAUCACAAACCGAAGGACCUCUGAGAAGUAAUUCACCGAAAGAAGGCGAGAAUUAUACUUCGAGCGAAGUUAAAACAAGUAGUUUUCAAGAACAAAGUGAGAAGAGCGUAUUUCACCAGCAGAUUCACAGCAGCGAUUUUCAACACCAAAGCGCAGGAAAUUUUGAGCGCGAAGGUUUUAAAACCGCUGUACUCAAUGAUCUCAGUUCGCCAUUCAAAUGCAAACAAUGUGAGAAGGUUUUCACCCAGAGGAUUCAACUGCAAAUGCACGUGUGUCCAAAAUCGCCGUACAAACCUUUUCAGUGUGGCCAUUGUUCGCUGAGUUUCGCUCAGCCGUCGGAGCUUCGGAAUCACGUCGUGGUACACUCGAGCGAACGACCGUUCAAAUGCGGUUUUUGCGGCAGGUCGUUCGCUGGCGCGACUACUUUGAAUAAUCACGUGAGGACACAUACGGGAGAGAGACCGUUUUCCUGUAAAAGUUGCGGAAAGACAUUUGCGAUUGCCACGCAGCUCGCGAGACACACGCGUGUACUGGGUGAUUGUACCUGGGCAUGUGUCAAGCACGGUCGGAUCAACAUACCCGAGUGAAAGUUUGGUUGGAAAUGAUUAGGUGUGAAAAGACAUUCGCGAUUGCCACGCAACUCGCGAUACACCCGCGUGUAUCGUGUGAAUGUCACGAGUAUGUAUCAAACACGGACGGAUCAACGAAUCCAAGCUUGGUUUACAAAUAUUAAGUGUGUUAUUUGUGUAUUUUGAUAACUUAAGAUGGCGUGAACCUAAUUUUGUGCUUGUUUGAUUUUCUGGCCCAGUUAGUUUGUUGUGAAUCAGCUUGCCAGUAGCGCCUUUUACUACCUGUCUACUACUACUUUACACUACACGUUGAAAAAACGUUUUCUUUCAAAUUGACUUGAAAAAAGCUUUUC